AGAAACCACAGUAAAGUGUCCAUUAUUACUCUUGUUUUAAAUGCAUGCUGCAAAGAGAAAAUAUGAAUUAUAAAUCAAUAAAGUUACGUGCUUUGUCCAUAUCUCUUUGCGGUUUAUAUUCUCAAGCCUCAAAAGCUCAUCAAUCAAUCAGUGAAGUUCUCGGAGAAGAAAACUAGGUUAUAAAUUGAAGCAGUAAGGAAUCAAUGGUCCUUGUUAGAGACGGGGAUCUUUGAGAACAUAAUAUCGGAAGAUAAUUAUUUCACAUGCCUAUCGCUUAUGCAUGAUGAUCUAAUGGCGGAUUCUGGUAAUUUAAGCCUGAAACAUACUACUAGUAUACUUUUCAGUAUUCCUGAUUUCUUUGUAGGGUUUGGUAAUAGAAGUUCUUCAGAUUCAGACUCGGUUAGGAGCCCCACAUCUCCUCUAGACUUCAGGCCCUUUUCAAAUCUUAGCAACCCAUUUAGACUUGCUAGAUCAUCAUCCCAAAAUGGUAAUCACAAGAAAUGGGAUUGUAGGAAAUCAGGCCUUGGCAUUGUCAAUUCCCUUCUUGAUGAGACCAAAGCUACUAGUGAAGCUCUUGGUUCAUCAAAGAGGAAAACCAUAAUUUUUCGACCACAGGUGGGAAAAAACAAUUCUCAUUCCUCAAAACUUUCUUCUGGUUCAGAAAAUUAUUCCAUGAGAUCCCAGUCCUUACCUAGAAACUAUACAAUUAGACCACUUUCUGAAACGACAUCUCUCAAUCCCCAACUCAAACCAUAUAAAGUGAAUGUUUCCUCUGGGAUCAUGGGACUUCCUGUAGGAUCUGAACAAUCUAAAAAUAUUGCACCAUUUUUGUUGAACUCCAGCAGGGACUCCUCAAAAAAUGUCUCUAUGCAAGGAGAAAGUUCGUUGAGUUUUAAACCAAGCUCACUUCCAGUACCAAUAGUCUCUAACCCUCAAUAUGCAUCCUCUAUCCCUGCUAGAGAGAUGGAACUUUCUGAGGACUAUACCUGUAUAAUUUCUCAUGGUCCAAACCCGAAGACUACUCAUAUUUUUUGUGACUGUAUAUUAGAAUGUAACACAAAAGAUUUAAACAAUGUUGACAAAGAAACAUUCGAGACUGAAUCACCUCCAGUGGGUGAGCUCCAGGAGGGAUUGACACGCGACCCUUCAGAUGAAAUUUUGACAGCCUGUUACACCUGCAAGAAAAACUUGGAUGGAGAGGAAAUUUACAUGUGCAGAAGUGAAAAGGCAUUUUGUAGUGUUGAUUGUCACUCAGAUAAGAUUUUUGCUGAAGAGGAAGCAGAAGAUACUUGGGAUAGGUCUGCAGGAAGCUCUCCUAAAAGCUACCAGGAAGAUCUCUAUUUAUUGGGUAUGCAUAAUCAGGAGACUCGGGACAUAGAGUAGUAGUAGCCUCAUUGGUCUUGUUUUCUAUAAUUUUAAUUUGAUGAUUUCAAGUGGCUAGAAGCCCUGGUCAUCAGUUUUCAUCUCCCUUUUGUUUCUUAAUGCUUUUGUGGGUAAGUUUUCCUGUAGGAAAACACUUUGGAUCCCUGAACUCAUUGUUGAUUGCUUGCGUUUAGUAAUAAUAGCUGCACUUUUUGAA